UUCUUUUGGGUACGUGAACACAUUGCACGUGUGGGUGAGCUAGCUACGCGUAUGAGCUCGACAGGCAAUAGACUUCCCCGUUAUUUGUCACUUUGCGUGGUUAUAAUCGCUGCAACUGAGUGACUUAACAACAGAGUAACUGUUUCUGUCUUGAACUGCGAUCUGUGUUGUUUGUCUCCAUUGUUUGAUUCUCCACACCGCUCAAAAGAGAAACAUGGUUAAAAAGGGGAGACCGCGUAAGAUGAAAAGCAAGCGUGUUCUUGCUAAGGUUCGAUACAAAGUACAGAAAAAGGUCAAAGAGCACCGACGGAAGCUGAGAAAAGAAGAAAAGAAAAAAGGAAACAAACAACGGCCUAAGAAGGAUAUCGGCAUUCCCAACUUGGCUCCAUUCAAGGAGAACAUUUUAAAAGAGGCACAGGACCGCAAAGCAAAGGCUGAAGAAGAGAAGAAGAGGCAGAAAGAUCGGCGUUUCCAAGAAGUCAUGAAGCAGAGGAAGCUUGGUGAUCUGCAAAAGAAUGCCGAAAGGAGAGCUAAAGACUUUGAGAAGAAGCAAGCCCAGCGUGGAUCUAAAGACACUUCCACCACACACAGUCUGCGAGACACUGAGACAUCUCGAAAGACAUAUUACAAGGAAUUCAAGAAAGUGCUUGAGGCAUCAGAUGUCGUCAUACAGGUCCUUGACGCUCGCGAUCCCAUGGGAUCUCGCUGCCCUCAGCUGGAACAAGCAGUCUUGUCAGCUGGAGUCAACAAGAAAAUGGUUCUUCUCCUCAAUAAAAUUGAUCUGGUACCCAGUGAGAAUGUGGAGAAAUGGUUGAAGCAUCUUAGGAAUGAAUUCCCGACUGUUGCAUUCAAGGCCUCAACACAGCUACAGAGACACAACUUGUCACAAAGCAAGGUUCCAGUCAGACUGUCCACUAAGGACUUGUUGCAGUCGAGUCGUUGCCUUGGUGCUGAAACACUGAUGAAGCUACUGAACAACUACUGUAGGAAUGCUGACAUCAAAACAGCCAUCACUGUUGGAAUAGUUGGUUUUCCCAAUGUCGGCAAGAGUAGUGUCAUCAAUAGCUUGAAGCGAGUCAAGGCUUGUAGUGUGGGAUCACAGCCAGGAGUAACAAAAGCAAAGCAAGAGGUCCAGCUGGCUAAAAAUAUCAAGCUUUUAGAUAGUCCUGGUGUCGUCAUGGCAACAACAAAUAGUGAAGUUACCAUGGUGUUGCGCAACUGUAUCAAGGUUGCAGCACUUGAUGAUCCUGUUUCGCCGGUAGAGGCAAUUCUCAAGAGAUGUAACAAGCAGCAGAUCAUGUUGCACUACACGAUUCCAGACUUCAGCGAUGUCAACGAAUUCUUGUCGCUACUAGCCAAACGGCAAGGAAGAUUGAAGAAAGGUGGAGUGCCUGACGUUAACAAGGCUGCCAGAAGGAUGCUCAUGGACUGGAACAGUGGACGGAUAGCAUUCUACACACAUCCGCCAGAGCAGCACAGUCUACCUGCACAUAUUGAUGCCAAGAUCUUGUCUGAGAUGGGUAAAGCAUUUGACAUCGGUUCUCUUGAGAAGGAAGACAAGGAGACGUUAGGAGUCUUACCACCAGUCCGACCGAGCAAGACAAUACUUGUUGAGUCUGCUGGACUGACAAUGGGUGCGACCGAGGAAGAGAUUGAGAAAAGUUUGAGCAAAGAGACACACAUGGAAGAGGAACAGGAUGAUGAAGAUAUUGAUGCUGAGGAGGACAUUGACGAUGAAGAUGACGACAUCGACGAUGAAGAUGAUGUCAUCGAUGAGGAGGAGGGGGAGGAGCUUGAAGAGGGGGAGGAUUGGGAAGACAUGGAGGAAGCUGAAGAUCAGCAGAAAGAAGAGUCUGAGUUGGAUGAUGUCACAGUCUCAUUGGAAUCAAAGACACCUAGUCAGACAUCCAGUAAGAGUGAUAUGUCAAAGGUCACAAGGUCAGCUAGGUCAAACAGGGCUGCCAUUAUCCCCAGCAAAGUUGAGAAGGCAGUAGCUCCUGGCAAUGACCAACAGAAUAAAUAAAAGAAGGAAUUCAAACAGAUACUGAAGAAGAGGAAAAGAUCUGAUAAACUGGCUACUAACCUAUCCAAUGAACUCACUCAGGCUAUGGACUUUUUGGGCAGCUCUGGUAGCGGGAAUGAUGAGAUGUACGACUUUAACAAACACUUUGUCUAGAUGGCGGGCUAGUGUUCCAGCUCAGAGGCCGAUUCAUGUUGUACACAUCGCCAACAUUUCACAGGUGUGAGGGAAGUUUCUCUGAUACACUCCAAAGAUCAUCCUUCUCUGAGCUCUUGGGAGACUCUAACGAUUGGUAGAUUAAACUGGAUGUAAUUCAGGUCAUAAAGAAACUUUCAAAAGAGUGAAUUAACCUUCAAACUGACAUAGUGUUCAUUGUGCCCUGGAAAUUAUAUCAAAGUCUUGAUUUUGAAGUUGAUUUAAUUAUAUAAAAAAAAACAUUAAAUGCUUUAAAAAUGCCCCAAAUCUCCCAAAUGCUUGAGCUCAGAACUGAACUUGCUACAUCUUCUUGAUUUAGUUUUAGGCUCAUUCAAAGUAUUCUUCAUACAAUAACGACAUAACCACAUUGCAUACAUAAAUAUGAAUCAUGGAAAACAUGAGCUUUGUACAUGUAUUCUUUUGAGAACUGCGUAACCAAACUCUCCCCCUCCAUCCAAAAAGGGAAGAAGGCAGAGAAAAGUGAAAUUAUAAAGUGCAUCUCUCAUGAAAGACUCACAGCACAUUUGCCCUGUCCAUGAGGCAUUUCUUAAAUAUAUAUUAAUAUUUAUAGAAAUGUUCGAUUCUGCAUCGAUGAACAAAUCUGAUACACACGUUUUGCACUCAACUCAAACUUGUUUUUUUAAACAACUUUUGUAAAGCACAAUUACAAAGUAGAAUCAGUUCUCUGGAAUUUACAAUCUGUUAGAAUUAUACUUAUAUACAUACGUAUGCAUACUAGAACUCGAUGGUACUUCUCGACCGCUAAAUAUGGCAGUACAAAAGGCAUUCAAUCUUCACAAACAACUUGUUUUUCUCGAGGAUGGUGGUUUGUGGGCAAUAAAUAACUUGAACAAUAAUUAA